AUGGGGCAUCCCAACCAGGAUGCUCUGGAUAAGACAAGGCAUGCCACGAACGGUAUUCCGGCUGUUGGUCAACCGCCCCAGUCUUUGUGCGGCGGAUGCAUGAAGGGGAAGCAAACGGUGGCUAAAUUUCCGCAUUGUUCCAGCUCGAAGACGUCGCGCGUUCUUGAGCUCGUCCACACGGAUAUGAUGGGACCAAUGAAUAAUCCUUCGAAAGGUGGUGCCAAGUAUGUCCUGACGUUCGUGGACGACUACUCGCGCUACGUUGUGGCCUAUUUCUUGAAAAAGAAGAGCGAGGUGGCCAUUAAGCUUAGAGAGUUCAUGACUUUCUAUGAGAAUCAAUGGGGAGAGCGCAUGAAGUGUUUACGAUCGGAUAACGGAACGGAGUUUGUCAACCAAGAGAUGACGAAGAUAUGUAUGCUGAACGGUAUCGUGCACCAACGGACUGUCCCGUAUAGCCCUCAGCAGAAUGGAGUGGCAGAACGGAUGAACCGAACUAUCAUGGAGAGAUCUCGAAGUAUGCUAUACUACAAGGGCGUUCCAAUGGAGUGGUGGGCUGAAGCAGUUAGUACUGCGGUAUAUCUAAUCAACCGUUCCACGAACACGCACAACGCAACCGUAACACCGUUUGAGCUAGGUUUCAAAGUGAAACCUACGCUAGAUCACCUACGCGUAUUUGGUUCUCGCGGGUACGCUCACAUUGACGAAGCGAAGAGGACGAAGCUUGAACCUAAGAGCUUUAGAUGUCUGCUGCUCGGAUACCCAGAAAACGUCAAGGGUUACCGUGUCUAUGACUUGGACGCUUCCAAGGUCAAAGUUUCUCGCUCGGUGAAAUUGGACGAGCGUGAGAUAGAUGGUAUUUACGAUACACUACCUGCUCAGAUUGAAACAGUUAUUCAUGUUAGCACAGACGCCGAUGAUGAAGUCACGCUCGCACCAGUGGAACUUCAACCCGUCGAAGCGAAACCCAUGGAAGGCGUUGAGAACGACGCACCGGAUGUAGAGAUGGAGAGCAUGCAACCGAUACAGGACGCUAUACCGCCGCUGCUGAUGCCACAAGAACGGUCAGCUCCCACUGGAUUUGAGUUGGAACCGUACCGUGGACCACCGACUAUCUUCGAGGACGAUCAAGUGGUGUUCCAUACCCCUAGAGACCGUUUUAGAAGUUCCCGGGAACCAGUCUUCCUUCUUGAAGAGGGAACGGACGCAGAGGAAGAACGGAAGUCGGAAGGAAGAGAUGGACCGUCCUAUCCGAAGCGUGCCAGGAUCGAUGAAGACGGCCUUAUUGCUGAAGCCGUCCUCGCGUACGCAGCAAGCAUUGACACAGUGGAUCUUCCUACAACAUACGCUCAGAACUAUGUGUGCCAGCUGAACAAGGCCAUAUAUGGACUGAAGCAAGCUGCAAGUGCCUGGAACAAGACCAUUCAUCGGGUAUUUCUUGGGUACGGAUUCAAGAGCUGUGGUGCGGACCAGUGCGUCUAUGUCAAGCGUUCCAAGAGCAAUUUCAUUUACGUCUGUCUUUACGUAGAUGAUAUGAUCAUUGCGGCGAAGACUAGUGAUGAAAUUGAUGACGUGCAAAACGCACUCAAGAGUGUCUUUAAGAUGAAGGAGCUUGGACCGGCGAAAUUUAUCCUGGGAAUGGAGAUCGACCAUAACAUGAUUGCUGGAACGCUUAUGAUUAAGCAAACGCGAUACAUCGAUGAUGUGGCGAAACGGUUCGGGCAAGAGAACGCUAAGUCGGUUGACAACCCGUGUGCAACUGGUCUUAAGUUGUCAAAGUCGCAAUCGCCAGCAACGGAUGAAGAGCGAAGAAAGAUGCAAUCGAGACCGUACCGCUCCUUAAUUGGAUGCCUACUGUAUAUCACGACGUGUACUCGCCCGGACAUUUCAUUCGUGGUAACGCAACUUUCUCGUUUCCUGGAGAAUCCCGGGGCGCAGCAUUGGAACGCUUCUAUACGUGUUCUACGCUACUUAAAGACGACUCGCCAGCACGGGAUCAUCUACAAAGGUGGUACUGGCAGCGUCACAGCUGAAGCCUACUCGGAUGCGGACUGGGGUUCCAACCUCGACGACAGGCGAUCUGUCUCGGGGGUUAUGAUCGUGAUUGGGAACGCUCCGGCGGUGUUCAAAUCUAAGUUCCAACGAACGGUUGCCCUCAGCUCAGCGGAAGCUGAGUAUAUGGCUUUAAGCCUAUGCGUUCAGGAAGUGCUAUGGACGCGUGCGAUACUGACGGACAUGGGAAUGGUACAAAUGAACGCUACCCAGAUAUGGGAGGACAAUCAAGGAGCGAUUGCUUUGGCCCAAAACGCUGGUUAUCAUGCUCGGACCAAGCAUGUGGACAUCCGUCAUCACUUCAUCAGAGAGACGAUCGAAGACGGGACGGUUGCGGUAGCGUAUGUGGACACCAAACAUCAAUUGGCCGACAUACUGACCAAGGCGCUAGGAUCCAAGACGUUCAAGUUCCUGCGCGAUGCAAACAGUAUCCAGUGCAAAGAAACCAAGCAGUAG